AUGACCACCCCACCUGCCGACCAAACACCCAACAUGGCCGCCACACCCGCGCGCACCGCUACCCUGCUCUCCAACAUCGCCGCUGUGACCGCGCGUGUUACUACCGCCGCCUCGCAUUCCCCCACUCCGUCCAAACCAGUCCGCCUUGUCGCCGUCUCCAAGCUCAAGCCGGCCUCCGACGUCCUGGCCCUGCACAAGUCUCCCGCUGCGCAGUUCCACUUCGGCGAGAACUACCUGCAAGAGCUGCUUGAGAAGUCGCGCUUGCUACCGCCAAGCAUCAAAUGGCAUUUCAUCGGCGGCCUGCAGUCGAACAAGUGUGUAACGCUAGCGCGAGACGUGCGCGGGCUGUGGGCAGUCGAGAGCGUUGAUACUGAGAAAAAAGCUACGCUGCUAGACAAAGGCCGCGGCGAGCACAAGCCUGAUGCCGAGGAGGUGGAAGCUGCGCAGGCAUCUGCACAAUCUGACGGGGACACGGAUACGAGGCUGCGCAUUUAUGUGCAGGUAAAUACCUCAGGCGAGGAAAACAAGGCUGGCAUUGAGCCGGCGGCUGCCCCUGCUCUUGCAAGGCAUAUCCGUGAGAAAUGCCCCCGUCUCAAGCUGCAGGGUGUUAUGACUAUUGGCGCUAUUGCGCGGUCGCAGGCUACCACGGCGGAGAACGAGAAUGAAGAUUUCGUGUGUCUGCGUGAGACGCGGGAUCGCAUUGUGUCUGAGCUGGGGUUGACCGGUGCGGAUGCCGAGCUGGAGCUGAGUAUGGGUAUGAGUCAAGAUUUCGAGGGGGCGAUUGCGCUAGGCAGUGAUCAGGUCCGAGUUGGGACGACGAUUUUCGGCGAUAGACCGCCCAAGUCGGAGGCGAAGGUUGUUUAG